AGUCCGUCCUACGAAUCGUAACUUUGUCAGUAUUAUAGGGUAGUAAGUGUAACUGCAUUCUGUGAUAGUAGCUACAUUGUUGUCUUCUAAUUCAGUUUACAAUUUUAUUUCUUAAAGUCAGAAGUUUACAUUCUUUUGAAGUUAAAUCGAGACAUUAAAUUGAUUGAACUAUGACGAGACUUAAGGUUGCUUUACUGUCAGCACUAUGUUGCUUUAUUGCACUGGUGGAGACAACGCCUUUAGUCAAAGCACCUUUCGGUCAAGUGAAAGGAGUUGAAAAAGUCGCUCAAAAUGGAAAGCCAUAUUUAGCAUUCCUAGGGAUUCCAUACGCCAAGCCUCCAUUGGGAGAGUUGAGAUUCGCCAAGCCCGAACGGCACCCAGAACUAAAUGGUGUGUAUGACGCUACAGCGUAUGGAGCUUCAUGUAUCCAGUCACAACUCAUGCUGCCUCCUGAAGCCAAUUGUUCUGAAGACUGUCUAUUUCUCAAUGUAUUUGUCAAUGAGAUAAAUCGAGACGCAAGGAAGAAGGUUAUUUUCUGGAUUCAUGGAGGCGGAUUCGUUGUCGGCACCUCCUUUGGUCAUGAUUUGGGGAGCUUUUUGACUGACCACGAUAUCAUCGUAGUGACGGUUAACUACAGACUAGGAGUUCUAGGUUUCUUAAGCACUGAAGACGAAGUAGCUCCUGGAAAUUACGGUCUUUGGGAUCAGAUUCUUGCUUUGAAGUGGGUGAAAGAGAAUAUACCUGCUUUUGGAGGAGACUCAGAAGACAUUACUAUUUCCGGCGAGUCGGCAGGUGGCUCUUCUGCUUCGUUUAUAGCGUUAAGCCCUCAUGCAGUGGGACUAUUCUCUAAAGUCAUUUGCCAUAGCGGAACUGCUACUUCACUGUUUGGCAAAUACGUCAACGCCAAGGCAGAUGCACUAAAUCUGGCCAAAAAGUUGGGAUGUGUGCCUGUUGACACUGACGCAUUGGCGAAUGUAGAGCAAAGCCGAUCCAUUGUCGACUGCAUGAGAUCGAAAUCUGCAGAAGAGUUGUCUAAGGACGUAACAUUUCGUCUUUAUAGACCUGUUUUCGUUCCAAGGACUGAUGGGGAUUUCCUUCCUCGGGAUCCUCUUAAUCUCCUAAACGAUGAGCGCUAUCUCGACUCCAUUCGUUUUCACGACAAGCCUUAUCUAAUCAGUUUAAACAAUAACGAGCAACAAGGACCAGACGUCUUGUACAGCAUGUUCAAAUCCUUCCAUUACAGCAGAGAGAACGUCAGCAUCGAAGAGAAAGAUAAACAAUGGGAGGAAGUCGUCUGGCUCUCGGCAAUGUACAAUGUUGCUGAUCGUUUAGACCGAAAAGAUCCAUCCAAAGACCUUACCUCGUUCGUUUUUGAAUGGUACGAUCGGAGAAAGGGGCGGGACCAAGCUUUGCCUACACUCAUCAGUGAUUUAUUGUUCUCGAUUCCAACCUACGAUCUACUCAACGCCGUGGCGCGUAAUCCAAACGGCAGAGUGUGGUACCUGUACUUCAACCACUAUCCACAGUUUAUGAAGGGAGCAUACAGAGGGAUGAUUCACGGCCUGGAUAUCGUUUAUCUGUUGGACCUUUCCUUAGAAGACAUGAAUAAAAUCACGCAAGCUGGGAUGACAGGAAACUUUAGUCAGGAAGACCAAGAGUUGAAAGCUCUUUAUAGUGCUCUAAUCGCAGAGUUUGUGAAAAAUGGGAAUCCUGAACCACCAGUUUUAAAGGAAUUGAUUAACAGUUGGCCUAAUUACGAUCUCCGCAGUGCCAAAUACUUGGAUUUCAAGCCUAGACCGAUUGUCCAGGAAUAUUUGGACAGAGAGAAGAGAGAGCUAUGGGAGAAAAGUGUGCCCAACUUGGCCAGAAACUUAGAGAAAAGUUCUGGACACACUGAGUUGUAAAAAAAAAAGAAAAAACAACUUUGAAUGUCAUUAAUCAAAAUAAUUGUAUACAAAUGUAAUCCAUAGUAUAAAUAAAAUAAACCUAAACGGA